UUUUGGCCUCACUUUAAAACAAUGGGAGGGGAGAGAGGUGGGCUGUCCAAAUAAAUAAACAGUCAACAAGUAGAAGCAGGUGGACAAAUGUGAGGGAAGAUAGCUUACAGUCUACAAAAGGGACUUGGAUAUUUUUAAGGUUAAAAAUAUUAUAAUUGGUCGGACUUCAUUAGCUUCAAGAGGUUAAGGGGAAUUGGAGCAAUUAACAUAAACUGUGAGUUUCAUCUUCUGAUAUUAUAGUUUUAUUUCUUGUUGGAAAUGAGUGCAUUGACUUCAUCCUCUGGUUGGAGGCUGUGCCACUGGGCUAUUGGCCUCCUGGGGUUAGCCAGCAUGUCUGACCAGUGGCAUUGCUCUUUCCCAGUGCUGUUUCCUCCCAGCAGCACCUUCCCGAUGGCAUCAUUCUUUCCAAUCUUAUCGUAGUCCAGCACAGUCACUGCUAUCUGCACUUUCUAUGAAUAAGGAUAAACACACAUGAAUAAGUGAUGAUUAUUUGAUGACUCUGAUUUUAUAGGUGUGUGCUUAAAAAUAUGCAUACCUCUAUCUGUUCACAGGGCACUUCAAAGCUGAAGGACUCAUUGUAGUAAGGGUUCAAAGUGUUUUUCUUUAUCGUUGUUUUCUUCUUCUUGAGCCUUUUCCCAUUCUGCAUCAAGUGGAUCUUUACAUAAGGGUCUAACAGAGGGAAGAGGGUAUUCAUGGCAGACUGUCAGCAUGGCACCAAUGCAGUAAUUCCAUUAGUCAUUAAAUUCAACACUGAUUGUGGAAACUCUGAGUUAUGCUUCUUGAAUUAGAACUACUUAAAAGUUUGCACCAAGUAGCAUGUUCUUAUUCACCUUCUCAAGUUAUACAUUGGACCUAUAGAGUUCACUCAGUCAUAUGAUAAAAUCUAGCAACUAUAAUAAAUCCAUUUAUAUGUACAUAUGGAAGAUAUCUAGUGUGCAGAACAUCUGUAGGAACUUUGAAAAUACCUUCAAUAAUAAUUCUAUGUAAACUGUUUAAUGUUUAACUCACCUGAUAACCCUCCCACAUCCAUUUUCUUGAGGUUUUUUGCCUCCAAGAUAACAACUGUCAGCUUCCCUGCAGUUGGCACAUACCUCAAGGACAAACAUACGUCUCCAAGCCGCUCACUCUGAUACAAAGAAAGUGAGUAUGUUGUUUCAUGGUUGUUGUUCAUGGUUACAUUUGAAAACUGAAUCUUUCAUCAAAAUCACAAGAACUUCCCCAGAGUUACAGGGCCUCAAAAACAGGAUGAAGACUUAAUUUAGUUAUUAACUUUGGUAAAUAAAGCAGAUGAAUGUACAGACAUGAAAAGAAUAGUUACUUUGGGUCAGUGGUAAAUAGUGGAAAAACUUUUACAGAAACUUGUCUCCACUGAAUUAUAAUUUUCACCCUGAUUGACUCAUGCAUGCUUUUCCAAUAUCAGCUCCUCUCCUCCUCCGACAGUGCAGUGCGCUCCCACCUCCUCCUUCUCUGCCUUCUGCAGAUCCCUCCACUCCUGCAGAGACUGGCUGAAGUCCACACUACUCAUGGGUAUCUUCACAGCUCCAAUAGCAUCAUGUUUUGAGAAGCGGUCAAAGUCGUACACGGUCAUCACCAGGGUUUUUCCGCCCAGCUCAGUGUACGGCACCUGCAGUAAACGGUUAUUUAGAACAUAUCUAGUGCAAUGAGCUAGAAUCAUUCAUAUCCUAUUGAUAUCCCAUACCUUAAAGGAAAAAGUCUCGUUGAAGUUGGGGUCAAGGGUCUUUCUAUGAACUUUGGUCUCAAACUUUUUCUUUUUGUCUGGGAGCAGAAACAGUUUGACAUAAGGGUCCGAGCUACCUCCUACAUCCAUCGCAGGAAGUUCAGCAGCCUGCAAGAUGCCUACCACCAGCUAGGUAAAGAGAGCGAAGGGAAGAAAUACCGGGUAAAGAGAAUCUGUCUGAAUGACAGAGCAGUAAAAACAUUCUGAUGUGACAUUUUAAAGUCAGCAGAUGGUGGGCUGAGACACAUUACAGUGAGUGGCAGCAUCUCACCGUAUUAUCAGUGAAGUUGUAGUCUAAUGUGAAAUGUAGCCUGCCAAGCUUCUCCUCCUCUUUGGGCUCAUUAUCUAACAGCUCUGUUUCUUUUUUGCCUUCGUCUUUCAGCGGCUGCACAAAGACAAAGACACACAUCACAUGUGGGUGAAAUAUGCCAGCUUUAUGAAUAAUCAAUGAAGACUGUCUGUCAAUUAGUGGAGCAGCACAUAAUGUUACUGUCUAAGUUUAUUUACUGUUAAUAGGGGAAGUUCUUAGCGUGUUUAAACGAGACCUGAAACACAGCUCAUCCCAGACCUCCACUUUGACUUUUAUUACAGCAUAAGAAACGUACAAAACAUCCAUUAGUCUGAGCACACACUGGCAGUUUUACUGGCCCUGACUGACCCUGAUGUCAGGACUGUGAUACAUUGCAAGGGCAAUAUAUCUGCAGAAGGAGACUGUGUGAGAGAGUGCGCACUUGUGCGAGCCUACCUUGAUAAAUCCUCCAUUCAUUUCAGUGUCAAAGUCCCCCUGGCUCUUCUCCUUCCCCUUUUUCUUCUCCUUUUCUUUGUCCUUGUCCUUCUUUUUCAGGCACUUUCUCCACACACAAACAGCACAGGAGAGCACCACACACAAACUCACCAUGCAGAGGGCAGCAACAGCCCAUGAUGGCACUGCAAGUCCAUAUUAAACACAUGCACAUGCUUAUAUGAUACAUAAUUUAUUUUAAUGUUUUAUUCAGCCUUUCUAACAGAGCAGAAAUGUAGACUUGAACUUAAACUUUCUGUUUUGUUGUUAUUUCAAAGGUUUUUGUAAAGUCAGAUUUAAGCCUUUCUAACCAUACCAACAUACUAGCACUUUAUCUCUCUUUUUAUUAGUCUUGGACUCACUGUGUGUUCUGCGCAGUUCACUCAUGAAUUUGGUGGGAAUGUGGGGCUGUUUUUGGCCUCGGGUGGUUGUUGCAUUUGGCAUUUGGGUUGGAGCAACAGAAGAGCCUGGUGCACCGGGGGCAGCUCGAUGGUUUCCAGUCAUUAUUUGAGCGAUGACAGCAGAUUCAGAGCGAAACUGGCAGAAAUACAGAGAUACAGGGAGAGGUUACACAGCCAUUUCAAAACCAUUUCCCACAAUGUAUGGUUCAUCAUAUUUCAAUACAGAAAAGAAAGAGGUGCAUCUGUGAGUGCAUGAAGAGACAGACCUCAUGGACACACAUAAACCUCAGAGAAGAGUGUCCAUAAAUCUCAUUGAUCAGGCAUUUUUGAAGCAAUAAUGUGCUCAUAGCCACUGUAUGACCAUCAGUGUCAAGUGACUUCUCUUGUUUCUGCUGGCCUGGCACUAACACUUUAACACAGGAUAUGUAAGCCGCUGUCCCUGCCAAACCUGCUGACAUGGAGGGGAGAGGAAGGGGAGAGGCGAAGUCGAAGCGUCACGCGUGGACCACUGCUGUUCCAUGGCCGGUUGCCAGAGGUGAGGAUCAUAACCCAAGGUCGGGUCCAGUGCAGGUGAACAGAAUACACGAGAGAAAAGUACCACCGCUGAGACUUCACCCCCCGAGUGCAAAAAUUUUUUUUUUAGAUUAUUUUUUCUGCAAACAUCACAGGUAAUGAAUAUCUGCAGUUGAGUCAGCAGGCUUGCAAAUGUGAUCUCAGACUGUCCUGUCUUCUCCAGGGUUAACUGAAGACAGCGGCUCAUACAGAGCGGCCACAAAUCACUAACAGCUGCAGGAGAAAACAAAAGAGCUCAGAGGAUAUUAACAUUUGCUGUUAGUGACUGAUUACAGAAGUCUUGUUUGUUAAGAGUUCCUAAAACUGUUAUUUUCUGAUAAUUCCUUUAAAAAUGUUGAUUCUAGUGUCAUUGUGUGAAAGUUAAACUUUGAUAUACAUAUUUAUCAUAUAUUGUAUGUGCGCAUGUGAAACAGAAACAGCAUCAGCUGUAAUGCUGUAAAAAUGAUGAUUAGUGGAGUAUGUUACACCUGAUGCAUUUGUGCGUAUGUAUAAAAUCUUGAUCUUUCCUCUGUUGUUGUUGCAGAUGUGAUAAUGAAUGACUCAUUGUUCGCACCAUAUGGUCCCACAAUGCAGCUGCUGCUUCUCACACCUGAACCUACAAGGUUGGAAAAGUUAACUGCAGUAAAUAAAUUACAUUGACACCGAAGGAUGAAGGCUUUUCGUCUGUAAGAUAAAUAAUUUUAAGAAAGAUUAGCCUUGUUGAAGUCUGAUAUCACACAUUUUCUAAACCUGCAGACCAAGUGUAUCAGAAAGCCUAAAAGUUAUAGUACUAACAAGUAUGGCUAUCCCAUAAGGAUUGUGAUCUUAUAUUUUAUCCUGUAUUCAUUUGUGGAGACCUGGUAAAUAUUCACUUUAUAAAACUCAUGUGUCUCCACGGUGUUACAGUUCACUUGGAAAUGACAAAGAGAGAAAUCAAAGUUCUUAUGAUUAAUGAGAAGAAGAGACAUACCUGUGUGAAGUGUGUGAAGUCGCUCCGGCGUGAAAACCCAGCCUCACAGAUCCUCUUUUUUUCUUCCAGAGAGAUGGAAUAAGUUGUGGAUAAAAACCAAAGAGGGCAGAGGAGGCGGACAGCGACAGCAAGGUAAGAGAGUUUUUGUGUCUUACUGGUACUUAGACGAACAAGAAGACUGCAGGUGUGUAAACGCUGAACGAUGAGAGAGAGAAAGUGCAAGGGAGGGUACGACGAGACAGAGUUGGGGUUGGCAUUGGUGGAAUCGCAGCUCUGUCACUGUGUGUUUUUUAUUUUUUUUAUUUUUGCUGGUUGUGUGUUUGGGUGGAUCUGCUCUUUUUAAUCAAUUUGAUCGAUACAGCCCUUAUAGGAGCAUGGGUGAUUUUUUUUCCUGAUGCCCCACCUUUUGUGACCCCUGUCCCUUCCUGACAGGUCACCCUCACUGGGCCUCUGAUGCAUAUUUAUCAGUGUAGUGACACGGCUUUUAAAAGGCUCGUUAGCAUAGUGAGGGUUCAGCAGUAGAGGACAUUUACAUUCAGUGUGGACAGCUCUGUAUGUGUGUGUGUGUGUGAAGUGUGUGUGUGUGCUUUGUGCUGCAGAACUGUCUCAUAAUGUCUAUGUAUAGAUGAUGUUGCCUGAUUUAGAAACUUAGGAUGUGGUUUCUGCAGCAACCCAGAGAUCAAGUUCCGGCCCCGCCCCAUUCACCUUGAGGUACCAGAGAUUCACAGACACUGUACAAAAAGAGGGAUGAUACAGAGGAGGUUGGGGGAAGGGAACAGAGGGCUCAACAUAACCUUUGUCUGGGAUGUAUGGAAGUAUACACUAAUGCAUCGAUUUUGCUCAUAGAAAGAAGUGAACUCGUGUUUUUGUUUCAUCGAUGCCACCUGUUAAAGAAUAAGAAUAUAUAAAAGGUGAAGUGAUGACGUUAUAUAUCCAGAAGGCCAUCACAGUGGUCUCAAGGGACAACUUUCUCACACAUAACUCUUGAAACAUUGUGUACAAGGCGUGGUCCCAUAUGUUCCAAGGGCAUUUAAUAAACAACACCUUUUCCUUGACAGCUGAUAAAUCCACUGUGUACAAACAGACAGUGUUAAGACCUUUGACAGCUUUAGUCCAUCAGAAAAGAUGUAGUCAGAGUCUGUUUUCUAUUCAUACUUUGGCCUUUUGUGACCUAUUUCACUCCCACUAUUUAAAAACUCAAGAGGCCAUUGAGACCAACUAUUACUUGAAGUGGCAUCUCAAAGAUCACAUCAAAACUGACAAGGUUGUAUAUAUAUCUUCUGACUCUUAGGGCCAGAGAUGUGUGUGAAGCAUCCUUGUUUUAGAAUUUAACCUUUGCAACAACAGACUGAUUUUAAAACACUACGAUGUUAACAAAGACAUACAAAAUAACAACAAAGUAACAAAUUUUAAAGUGUAUUUUAGUUAUUUAUUCCUUUUCUAACAUAAAUGGGUUUUCUAUAAAGAGAAUGGCUCCGCCGCCCCCCUCCUUUUACCACAAGAGAAGAGGUGUGGGUGCAGAGGUUGUUGCAAACAUGAUGAAAUAUGUGGAAGCAAACAACUUCAAGUAACUAAUACCCAUUACAUUUGUGACACAGGAGACACAAUUUAAAACACAUAUUGCAAAAAAAUUACAUAUCUUAUAAAACUUUCUCAUAAUGGUGAAAUAUCUAGACAACAAAAAGUAAUUUGGUUAAAAAAAAAUCUGUAUUUUAAUUUCUAUUGAACAUCCUAUAGCAUAUAUGCCAGAAUUUGUUCAUAAUCUCGAGGUAGUGCAUUAAAGUAGGUAGCAGACUUUUUGAAAACAUUUUAUGUACAACUUCAUUUUUGUUACUGGUCUGGUUUUAAGGAUAGAAAUACAGUUCACACUCCUACCCGACAGGCGGCAGCACCCACCACUAAUCUACAUUACGAGUAAACAUAACCCAUGGAAGAAGUGUCGUUUCUAGGAUACAGGAGAAGCGUUCCUGACGCCAGCUGAUGAUGGUGAGUUGUUUGGCAUCAUAUUCACGUGAAGUACUUGUUCAAUCUUUUAUUUAAUGUUCUUAUUUAUCAUGAGAUAGAGCCACUGUGAAGGCUUCCGGUGCAACAUUAGAGCCGUUGGCGGGCGAGCUGUAUCAGUAAAGCUAACUAUCGAGCUAGCACAUGCUAACGCUGUCCACGGUAGCGAUAGAUAGCUACUAGAAACAACUUCACCGAGUAGCUUGAUAAACAUCUCUGAAAUACAUGACAUAUUUCAUGGCAGAGUUAAACAGUGAGGUGCACAUGUGUCCAUUGGUGUGUAAAUGCUUUACAGUACACUAUCAGAUCGUCCCAGCCUUACAUAAGGGGAGAGUGGGGUAAGUUGAGCCACCUCCUGUUGCUUGGAAGUAGUAGGGAUACGGCUCAACUUACCCCGCUCUUAUGGUCAACUUACCCCAUACAAGGGUUAGGAGACCACUUAUUUUUGGCAUGCUAUAUUAUCAAGACAGUUAUGUUUACACUCAUCCUGUUGGUUUGCAAGGAUACACAUCUUGAAAUAAAUGCAGAUACACUAGUUAGAGACAAAACUAUAAUUGCCUUGAUGUAGAAAAUCCGAAAUAUGAAAAAUGGCUCAUCUUACCUUACUCUACCCUAUAUACAGAGCAGGGUCAACAAAAGGAUAAAAAUGUGAGACUUGACUGAACAUUUAAAGAAGCCGCUAAAGUUCAUACAUCUUAUUGUUGUUUUUUGUCAUGAAUACAUAGUCUGGACCUAGGUUGUGGUAAUGUUGCCGGUGGAGCGUCUUCACUUGGAUCAUGUUCUGCAGACUGUGUCUGUGUUGGAAUCAGUUGUCCUCCGUAGUUUUGGACCAGAGGGGGGACAGAUGCUGUUUAUCCGAGACACGGGACAGGCGAUGCUGAGCCGCAGUGGGACAAAAAUUCUCACAGCACUGCGACUGGAGCAUCCACUAGCCAGGUAACACCCAUAUUCUUUAGGUAUGAUCCUCACCAUGGUACAAUUUUUCUCCUUAUAUCAAUUUUGUGUCUUUUUUUCUAGGAUGGUUGUUGAGUGUGUCCUGAAACACAGUGCUGCAACAGGUGAUGGAUCUAAGACAUUCAUUUUACUGCUGGCAUCAUUGUUAAGGAUGAUUCAUACGACAGCCUGCAAAGUGCCCAAUGUGUCGCACAUGUACAACUCCAGAGAAGCAGCAGUUGCCUCCACUGCACGGCGCUUGGCUAAAAAACUUGUGGCAUUUGCAUUUGAGGAGCUGGAUGAUAUUUUUGCGAUGGGAGUGGCCCCUUAUGGAUGCUGUCUCUCUCAAGAGGAUUAUAUUUUAACUGCACAGUCUCAAACAAACAAUCCCUGUGUCCAAAAGCUGCUGGCAACUUUCUUUCAUUCACGUUUGGGUGGCACACACUCUGACUUAUUUAGCCACCUCACCAGUGAAAUGCUAAUUAACUGGAUAGUUAGAGGGGAACAUCCUUCUAAAUCACUUCAUUUCAUAUAUGACAACCUACCUGCAUUGCAUACACCUGUAUCAGGCUUCUCUAUUAGUUGUUCACGUUUGAUUGAGGGGCAAGUCAUUCACAGAGACUUUGCUGCUCCCUGCCCACAAAGUGACCAGCAGCCAGUAAAAGCUGUAAUUUUAACUGGUUUCUUGCAUCCUGAAGUGCUGUGUGCUGGAGAAGUGCUGCAGCUAGGGUGUGAAGAUAAUGGGACUGAAAACAGUUCAUGGAAGCAAAGUAUUAUGCAGUAUAGUACCUGGGCAGAGAGUUCACUAGAGUGCGCCAUUGCACGCCUGCGCAGUUUGGGUGUCUCUGUGAUCCUGUCUGCAGUUAAACAGUCUGCUGCUGCCCUUGCUUUAGCUGCACAGGCAGAAAUUUGCAUUGUUGAGUGCAUCAGUGAAGAUGAGCUGUUUCUCUUUGGACAUCUGAGCGGGGUCUCACCUGUGACAGACUGCCGGAUGAUCAAGCCAGAUGACAUUGCAUUGCUGACUUUUUGCCGACCAAUACUGCUGGGAUCUCAGAGGUAUGAAAGUAUUAAACUCUUUGUCACUCAUUUACAGAGCUAAAGAGAGUUCACUUUUUGUCAACCUGGUUUGAUUUAUUUGGGACAAAAUCUAACUCUUUGUCUUCCACAGGUAUGUCCACGUUGCGUUCCAGGAUUUGGACAAAAGACUCAUCAUCAAACCCUGUAGUCUGAUCAUUUGUGGCGCAGGAGAAGGACAAACUGACCAAUAUGUAUGCGCAUUUCGUGAUGCCAUCCGUAUGCAACUGUCAACAUGGAGGCCCAUCGGUACAGCAGCAUCAAAGCAGACCUCGCAGUUGAGCAAAAGCGAGUCUUUACAUGCAGAAGACCAGAUCUGUAAGUCACUUUCCUUCCAGCAGAGUUUGAUGGGGCCAGGCUGUGUUGUCCCUGCUGGUGGGACCUUUGAACUUCUCUUACACCAUGCCCUCCUACAGCAUGGACGCUCAGUUUCUGGUAAAGCGGAUGUGGACAGAUUUGCUGUUUCCCAGAUCUUAGCAAAUGCUUUAUUGAGCAUACCUAAAAAUAUUUACUCCCACAGUUCACGGCGUUUCCUGGAGACUCAAACAAGACUCAUGGGCUUCAUAAACAAACAGAAACACAACACAAAUCUUGAGCAGAACCUAGAGGAAGGUAUAGGAAACCAGCACUGUUGUAGAGAGAUUAACACGCCAUCAGAAGUUUUUAUGUUGGAUUUAGGCCUUGAAUCUCUCUCUUGUAAAUACCAGCUGCUUCUGGCUGUGUUGCAGUGUGUUUCAAAUCUUCUUCAAGUGGACACAUUACUGCACAUUAACACCACCUCACAUACAUAAUCCUGAUGACUUGAAAACAUUUCCUGGGAGUGCACAAAUGACGAGGCUGAGGAAUGUUAUUGUGUGUCCCACCAAAAGCUAGGAAGUAUCGUCUUGUGGUGUAUUAUUCGAGAGGAAUGGAAAUAAAUGGCUAUUUCAUGUCAAUAUUUUCAACUUCUUUUUUUUGAUUGUUAUGACAUCAGAGCAAGGUUUUGGUUUUAUAACAAUAAGAAAUAUUUGGAAAAUUUAGGCCAAAUUGUGCAGCGCCCCUCUGUUCCUCUGCUGUGUUUCUGCAGUUGUGUGUACGCGUGUGUGUGUAUGUGUGUGUGUUUAUUUUGGCAUCUUCCCCUCAUCAUAGUUCCUGUUUUUUUUAAAGUUCCACAUUCUUAUCUUGGUUUCCCCGCUCUCUUCCUUUGGCCAGUACAUUUUCUGUUAUACAAACGGCAAUCACACAAAGCAACCAGGGGAAAUCGUCUUACAGAUCUACGCACAGCUUUUUAAAAUCAGUGUUAUCUCCAUGUUGGGGUUAGGGUGUUUGAGAGGGUAACACCCAACUUUCAACAACCAAAUCAAAGUUGACUUCCCAGAACAGUUAUGAAGGGAACACCAACCUCGUUCAGAGGAAAAAGUGAGUCAUCAAGAAUUAACCAGACUCACUCUUGUACAUCAAUUUUUUAUCAGUGUUUUCUGCUUUGUUCUGAAGAUAGGUUUUGAAGUCGCCGUGAUAAUCUAACUCAGGAACAAAGACAGCCUUGGACUUUGUUUACGUGUUGGGUCAAGCUCUGAGUCACACUUUAAGGUCGCUAAUAUCAAAGAGGGAGGGUUGGGAAUUUCAUUUUUUCCACAGUGCAAUUAAGAACUUGAAGGUUUUUUCCAGUCUGAUAAAGGCAUCUACGCCCAUCUAACCCUAGCGUGCCCCCCAUAUCCUUUCGUUUUAGAGUUUAACAUGCACACGGUUAGCCUGAUCGUGAGUUGUUUAUACAGUAAAAAAUGUUCCCAUAGACCUAAAAAAUAUAUAUAGUUUAUCUGCCCUCUGUAUGUGUGUGACUGCUAAUAUGUAACACUGUCAAAGCCCACUCAGUUGGUUAACUUAAUUUGGCUCUUUUUAUUCUUUAUCUCUGUAAAACAUAGUGCAUAUGGUAUAAAUAACUCCAGUAUCUCUAAAAUGAUAAUGCUAUUAAAAAAACACACAUUUAACCAAUGCAGCAAGGAACCAGAGAAGUGCAUACGUUUUUUUUUUACAUAUAAAAAACACAUUUAAAAAAAUUAAAGGCGAUUUUGUAAAGGGCAUAAUCAGGAGAAUGAAAUGAAAGGAACAAAUGAAAUAUCAAAAUGAAGAAACUGAAAUGCUACUCUAAUACCAAGCUGGAAAAAACACAGCUUACAGCUCAGCAUUCAGUUAGCUACUAGUCACCAUUGUUUGACUUCUGUGUCUUGAGAAGAAAGUAUUGAGUGUCACUGGCUACUGCUGUAUUGUGCUGAAGUGAGAGUGAUUUAUUUUUUCAUGGCCCGAGCCUGUUACUUUUUCUUGCCAUAGGUGCAGAGUGUGACCAGUAAACAUUAACAUGGUCUUUUGCUCAGAUAUUUAGCAGUUCACAAACACUUAAUUCAAUUAAAUGACCACAAAAUUACACAUCAUUGUACUACAUAGUCACUGAAGCACUGAUGACACCCAUUCUAUAGUUGGGCCAAAUAACCACAUUGAAUCUACAUAGUACAGGAAAGUGGACUUAAGUGUCAGCAGCACAACUAAAUUUAAUAGAUACUGUAAUUUUUAGAAAUUUCCGCACCCAGCUGAGCCUAUAUUUUCCCCCUUGACCAAGAAGUGUAUUUAUUGGCAGUGGAGAGCCACAUGACUCUAGGAAUGACAUCAUGCAACAUUAACAAGGAUUAAAGGUGUCAUAGCAGGUGUCACACCACCUCUCGAGACUUCCUGAUGGCGCAGCACAGGAGCAUGCUAAAGAUCAUCCCAAAC